AACUACCCAGCACCACGCGCCACUUAGUCCAAUCCAAAUAGAAAAAUCUCUUUAAUAAAUGAAUCAAGUGUUGCACAGUCCCGAAGUUUAUUGGAGAAAACAAACCAAAAGUCCAAACCCAAAACACAAAAACGUCUUUCGAUCUUCUCUUGUGCAAAGCAAAAUUUCUACACUCUCUUCUCUGCUGCAUAUCAACUGCAGACAAAUUUCUGAUCAAUCCACAAAUCCCAAUUGAAAAGUAAAAAUUUACUGAUACGGAUCAAUCAAAUCGAUUAUGGGUUCUCUCAAUUCGCAGCCACCAUCAAAGGUUUGAUCUGAUCUGAUCUCUAUUGCUCUCUUAUGGAAUUCAUAAUUCCUCUUUGGGUUUUGUUUUGAUUUGUAUUAGAGUGUUAUGUAAGGUUCACAAUUUAUAUUCUUUACUGGGUUAGCCAUUUUAGGGUUUUCACUAUCUUGACUGAAUUUUGAUAUAACAAACUUUAUAUAUAUGUCGAGAGAUAGAUUGAUUGAUAGGUAGCUAGAUUUCUCAAUUGAUUGAAUUAGAUAUCUUUCUGUCCAUUGAAGAAAAAAAAAAAUGCAAUCUUCUAGAAGACAUGAUGAUUAUGUGAAACUAUCUCCGUCUUCAAAGAUACGUAAUCAACAUAAAUAUGAAGCAGUAGGUGGUCAUGACUCAUAUCCUGUAUCUCGUCGUGAUGCUGUGGAUCGGUCCCCACACAUGCAGCAUAGGAGUUUGAGUCCUCGUAGUAAGAUUGAUGGGUCUAGAAGGGUAUUAAUGAGAGAGGGAAGAAGUGGUUCAAUUGAGAGGAGGGACUAUAGUUGGCAUCUGGGUGCCCGAAGGACUGAAAAGCUUCAUUCUGGUUCACCCUCUUUUAUACCGGAGCACAGAAAGCCUCACUUUGAUGAGGGUAUGGUGCAUAGGAAAUAUGACUAUGCUAAUGAUAUUGACUAUGAUAUCGGUAAAACUAAUAGACUAAAGCAUGUUUAUGGGUAUGAUCAUCAUGGCGUGUAUUCUAGAAUGAGUAAAGAGAAGGAUUAUAGUGACAACAGGACUCUGGGAAUUGAUGGGCAUGUCACGAUGGGGCAGAAAUCAAUGCCUAUGGAAGACGUGAUUAUGAGGGGUUCCCAUCGGGUGCCUCCAGAUUUCAUUCUUACUUCAGAUUAUGGGAAAACUGGUGAUCAUCUGCAACUGCCAUUGCGACGAAUGGAUGUCAGCCAGCUUGAGCAUGAGAAACUUAGGUAUCAGGAGCCUAUAUCUCCAGAUAAGAUACCAGUAAGGGAAUUUUAUAAAGAAGGGGAAAACCCUGUAUGUUUCUCAAGGGAUGAAUCAUACACCAUUAAGCCAGCUUCUCACUCUAAAGGUUUUGGGAGCACUCAUUUUAAACAUUUUCCUGGCACAUCUUCAGGUGUAUCAAGGAGUGAGUUUUUGGGUUCUUCUAGGGAAGGUAUGCCCCUGUCUGCUUCUGGUGAUUAUCCAAGGAACAUUAUGAAAUUCACGGAACCUAUAAAUAUUAAUGCAUAUGAUGAAAGUCCAGGCCUAGAAAUGAGAGACCUUGAAACUGGUAAGAGAGUUAUGACAGGUUAUCCGCCUGGGACCUAUAGCCCAAACAGAACAGAACAUGAUGAUUUCUCUUACACUAAAGUGAAUGAUGAUAAUGUCUGUCCAUCUGCUGACUUACACAGAAUGGUGCGCCCACGGUCUUGGUUAGAUCAUGAUCAAGCUCAAGCAGAUUACGAGUAUAGAGAAUUGUCAAGAGCAAGUGUCAUGCACUCUGUUUUAGAUAAGGUUGAUCCCAUGGAGGAUUCUUAUAAAAACAUAAGAAAUAGCACCGUCUGGGAACAAAAUAUACACAAGUGGGCAGCUACAGAGAACCUUGACACAGGUAGAAUAUUAUAUACACCUAAGAAUAUUAGGGAAUAUAUGGGUUCUGGAUAUACUCAGUCUGAAUUUGGAAGGAGAGAUUCAAGAGAUAAUGAAGCAUCUUAUUUGGGUGCAUUGCAGAAUCAUCAAAUCUCACAUUUGAGAUCAGAUUAUGGGUUUGGAAGAGAUGCAGGUCCACAGUUUCAGAAAGAAAGACUACAAGAUCCAGAUAUAUCCGAGUAUGACUUGGAGAUGCAUAAAAUUUCUGGCAAAAGAGCAAGAAUAGACGAGGAACUUGCAAUAUAUGAUCAACCAGAUAAGGUGCCCAAAAGCAGGUACAGAGUGUCGAGAAACCAGUAUGCACCACAACAAUAUGAGGCUGCAUAUGAAAGUGGUGAGGAAUGGAUUGAUGAAAAUGCAAGUGUUUUACAUCCAUCUAGGACUCAAAGGUCUGACCACACUGCAUUCAGAAAGGCUAAGAGUACAUAUGUUGGUCAAGAUCAUCAUGGAGAUUUUUUUGCAUCUGAAGACUGGUUAUCAUCUCAAGAUGCUUUGGCACAUUCAAGAAAGCAUUCAAUUAGAUAUUAUAAACCAAGUGUUAAAUAUACAAAGGGUCAUCCAAAAUCUGGUUCUUUAACCUGGUGCCAUUCAAACCAGACUGAUAAAAGAACUGGUGCUUACCGAAAACAUAAAACUUGGAGAAGAAAUGACGAGUAUAAUGAGGAUGAGCAGGCAAAUGAUGAUGAUCCAUCGGAAGAUUGGGUAAAUAUGGCGGAAUCUGAGCUAUCUGAGGACUCUGACAAAUUUAAGCAAUUGGUUCAUGAAGCCUUUUUGGAGUAUUCUAAAAAGUUAAAUUUGAACUCGGCCGUUCGAAGAAGAUACAAGGAGCAAGGAAAAGCAGGCAGCUUGUUCUGCAUUGUGUGUCGCAGAAGCGCAUCGAAGGAUUUCUUGGACACACAACGCUUAGUAACGCAUGCCUUCAUGUCUCACAAGGUUGGGUUGAGAGCACGACAUUUAGGUCUUCACAAAGCAAUUUGUGUUUUAAUGGGGUGGAAUACAUACGUUCCUUGUGACACUACAACAUGGGUUCCUGAUGUCUUGUCUGAUGAAGAAGCUUGGGCUCAGAAGGAGGAUUUGAUGCUCUGGCCUCCACUUGUUAUCAUCCACAACAUUUCUAUGUCAAACAACAAUCCAGAACAACAAACAGUUGUACCUAUUGAAGGGGUUGAAGGUUUUCUGAGAGGUAAAGGUUUUGUUGGGGGGAAAAUCAAAGUAUGCCUAGGUAAACCAGCUGACCAAAGUGUUAUGUUAGUAAAGUUUUUGGGAACUUUCACUGGACUUGGAAUUGCAGAGAGACUUGCUAAAUAUUUUGCUGAAAAUCAACGUGGGAGAGAAGAAUUUGAGCAAAAAACAUCCAACAGCAGCAACAGCUUGGAAGAAGGUGAGCAUGGGGGCAAGUUAGAGGAGCGCCUUUUACAUGGGUACAUUGGAAUUGCAGAGGACUUGGACAAACUGGACUUUAACACCAAGAAGUGGAUUUCAUUGAAGAGCAAGAAAGAUAUUCAAGACCUUGAAAAUGCUCCUGUUAAAGCUGAUGAUAGGUAGCUGUAUACAACUGUGAAUGUAGAGGGAAUAUCCACCUUUCUGCUCCCAGCCACAACAAUUUCUGAGGAUCCCUCGUUCCUAGCUUUGCCAGCCAUUGACGUACUAACUUGCUAGUGGUGAAAUUAUCUGGCGUUCUUCAUGUGGAUCAAAGAAGACAAGGGGGGGAGUCACUGUUGAGAGGAAAUUCUGUGCAAAACUUUGCUGAUAUCUUUUAUCCUUUGGACACUUCAUAGCUAGGUGCUAUCUAAAACUUUGUAUACAGUUUUAAACUCCAAAUACCUGUCAUGAAACCCUUCUUUUUUUUUUUUUUCCACAAAUGUAAUAUAUUUAUAUUUAUGUAUCCUUCUGUGCAUUUUGUGUUCUGCUUGA